UUCGCUUCGGUCGCACGUUCACCUAACCUGAAAAACUCCCAACUGAAACUGCACCGAUCUUCACUCACCGAGUCACUCCCUCGCUCGCUCACUCGCUCACUCGCCUCACUCGCCCACACUCCCCCUCUCUUCCCCUGAUAUGCACCGGCCGUGUCCUCCAUCGAUCCACCAAUGACCCACCAAGCCCGAACCCAGAGCCGCCGCCUCUCCACCUGCCCCCGCCACCCCACCGCUACCCCUGUCACCGGCUUCUGUGCCUCCUGCCUCCGGGAGCGCCUCGCCGGCAUUGGCCCCUCCGCCCACCAGGAGAUCGCCAGCCACUCGAGCCAACCCCUCCGUCGCUGCAAGUCAUACUCCUCCGCCAGGCGACAUGGGCUCUCCGGCGUCUCCGCCGAGCCCCGCCGCAAAUCCUGCGACGUCCAGGCUCGGAGCACCCUCUCCGAUCUGUUCACCCUCGACGAUGGAGGGAAAUGUGAGAAAGGCGAGGCCUUGUUGGGGUUGAGGGAAGAGGAUGAGAAUGAGCGAGAGCCAGAGGAGGAGGAGGAUGAGGAGGAAAUUAGGGUUUGCGUGAGACACGUUGAAGCGAAUGAGAAUGUUGUCAAUAAUGGAAGUGUCGACGAGGGUUUUGACGAUGAGGCGGAGUUCAAGACCAUGAAGGAGUUUAUAGAUCUCGAAUGGCAGAGCAAGAAGCAGACAAGGAAGAAUAUCAGUGGUUUGUUGGAGGCAGCAUGUUUGUUUCGCCGGAGGUUGGGGAAAUGGCGCCGGAAGGAGAAGAUGAAGAAGCAAUGUGGCGGUAAUGGUGACGAUCUGGGGGUUGCAGCGGGUGCGACGGGGAAGGUCGGUCUGAGGAAGUUGAGGGAAGCACAAUCUGAGGUCGCAGAGUAUGGAUUGGGAAGGAGAUCAUGCGAUACAGAUCCGAGAUUGUCGGUUGAUGUGGGUAGGGUCUCGGUCGAUGAAGUUCGGUGCUCCAUGGACGAGCCGAGGGCAUCUUGGGAUGGGUAUUUGGUCGGGAGGGGUUAUCAGAACCCACGGCUCAAUCCGAUGGUGUCGUUUCUCGAGGACGUGAAGGUGAUUGAUAUUGGUUUCAAGAACAGAGUUUUGGUUGAAGACAAGCUGAAUGUGGUGAAUGAGGAGGGUGGGAGGAGCCCAGGUGGGUCUGUUCAGACUAGGGAUUAUUACAAGGAGCAAUUUUGCCCACAGAGGCGGAGGAGGAGUUUCGAGCGGCUGAAUUCCACUAGGAAGGGAAGUUUAGUGGAUGAUGAUGUGAAGUUGGUAUCAAAUAUGAAGAUCUCUCCUGCCUCCACAGAAUUAUUUUACGGGGCAAAAUUGCUCAUUGCAGAGGAAGAAUUGAGGGGUUCGAGCUCAAAGUCCAGCAACGAGGAUAGGAUGGAGAGUACCGAGUCUGCAUCAAAGGAUGAUGGUUCUAUUGCUGAUGGGGUUGAUGAGAAACGGUUCAAGAAGUUGCCUGGUUGGCGAAAAGCAUGGAAUAUAUGGGGUUUGAUUCAGAGGAGCGAGAGCAAAUGCGCAAUUGAGGAACAUCAUGCUGCUGAAAAUUUGGAAGAACAGCCACCGCGAGUCUCCAAUGGAGAAGCAAAUGGUGCUAUAAGCCAGAGGCUCGACCGCAGUUACAGUCGGAACUGCUCCAACAUCGAUGGGCCUGGAUCUUUGAAUGGUACAGGAGUCACUGAGAGCAAAGGGAUUGGCUUGAGGAAUAGGGAGGAGUCUCCGUUAACGAGGAAUCAGAGUGUGAAAUACUCUCCGAACAAUCUCGAUAACGGUCUGCUAAGAUUUUACUUGACUCCAUCAAGGAGCUAUGGAAGUAAAUCUGUCAAGAGUAGGCUGCGGACCCACACUUCGAAAAAGAAUUUCAUGCUGUAAACUGUAAAGACAUGCAAAAUCUGUGUAUUUCUUUCUUCCUGGUUAGUUAUAAGAACAAUGUUUGUCAUCAGUUCCCUCCUUCAAAUUGCAAUGAAGCAAAUGCUAACUCUUUGGCGACCUUUCUUUU